CAGCGGCGGCAGAAAGCGGUGCGGAUCCCGGUGUGUGCCGAUCUCCGGAGGGGGGUCGGAUAAUCCAGUCGGACCCUCAGCGGUGUGGAUCUGCUCCUUUUACACACACAGCAAAGGCAUUUUUUACAUUCCCACUGGGGAUUUUGCUUCACUCGCCGCAGGUGACCUGUAACUGGUUGGAGAGAGGGAGGAAAGGAGAACAAAUGGAGCAGAGAGAAAGAGGAUGAGAGAGAGCAGGACCCGAGAGAUUCCAAAUGCACAAUGGGAGUCCCUUGCUCUGCUGACUUUUGAAUUGAAAAGAAUAAAGGGAACUUUGCCUAAAGAAGGCCAACAGAUUUUUGACAUCACUUCAGUGUUUUGCCCUGUAGUGGGAAUUCUCCCUUUUGUCUCAGUAGGAGUAGUCAUGACAGCAUUCUGAAAACAGAAAUAACUCAUUUUCAUCCCUUUCUCCUUGAACCCUUCUGCUACUUCUUACCUACAAACAUUUCUUUGCCAUGGAGAAGACAUACUCAUUAACUGCCCACUAUGAUGAGUUCCAGGAAGUGAAAUAUGGCGGUCGCUAUAGCAGUGAUAUCCUCAGCAAUGGCAUGACCCUUCACCUCGGAGGCAGCCUGGACCGCCAUGUGGGGCGAAGCCGGGGAGGGACCUGGUCAAAUGGCCGAAACAGAGAUCUGAGCAGCACCAGCAGCAGCGGUGGCCUUCCCCGCUGGAGCCGGAGGGAGAUCUGCCUCCUCUCGGCACUGGUCUUUGCAGCAGGUAUGUGCGUCAUUUUGGGAAGCAUGCUGGCGCUCAAGUACAUUUCCCUGGAUGCCCAGCAGGACCCACAGUGCCGACAGGACUGCCAACGCAGGCGCUCCCUACUGCGGGCAGCUCGCUUUGUUCAGGCCAAUAUUGACCCAACCAUCCAGCCCUGCCAGGACUUCUACUCUUUCGCCUGUGGUGGUUGGCUGAGGCGUCACGGCAUUCCCGAGGACAAACUUAGCUACGGCAUCAUCACCGCUAUAGGAGAACACAAUGAGGAGAAAUUACAGCGCCUCCUGCUGGAGCCAAUUAGGAGGCAUGGUCCCAACUCGGCAGAGCGCAAGGUCAAAGAGUUCUAUCGAUCCUGCAUCAACAUUAAGGAGAUUGACAAGCUGGGGUCGAGCCCCAUGACGGAGGUCUUGGACAGCUGUGGAGGGUGGGACCUGGUGGGUGCUCCUCCUGGUGCUGCUGGGUGGGAGACUGAGGGUGCCCCUCAGAGGCCAGACUUCAAUGAGCUGCUCUACAGGACACAGGGCGUGUACAGCACUGCCGUAUUCUUCUCCCUGACUGUCAAUGUGGAUGACAAAAACUCCUCCAGGAACGCUAUCCGGAUUGAUCAGGAGGGGCUCACCCUGCCGGAGAGAAGUCUCUAUCUGGGACAGGAUGAGGAUAGUGUGAAGAUCUUGGCGGCGUACAAGGCUCUGAUGGAGCGCUUGCUGAGCAUGCUGGGAGCUCUCAACCCUACAGAGAACUCCAAGGAGAUUAUAGAGCUGGAGACCCGACUGGCCAACAUCACUGUGUCAGAAUAUGACGACCAAAGAAAGGACAUCAGCACCAUGUAUAACCGCAUCACCCUCAGGCAGCUACAGCGCAUUGCUCCCAGUCUUCACUGGAAACGCUUACUGGACAGAAUUUUCAAUGACAGCUUCUUAGAAGACGAAGAGAUUGUGGUGCUCGCCACCGAUUACAUCCAGAAAGUCUCCGACAUCAUCAAGACCACUUCGAAGAGGGUUCUCCAUAACUACAUGCUGUGGCGCAUCGUGGCAGCGCUAAGUGAACACCUGACCACCGCCUUCAGGAGCACCAUCCACGAGUUUUCUCGAGAGAUUGACGGCACCGAGCAGCAGCUGGAGCUGGGCAGGCUCUGCCUCACCCAGGCCAACAAACACUUUGGCAUGGCCCUAGGAGCCCUGUUUGUCCAGCAACACUUCUCCUCACAGAGCAAGGCCAAGGUACAGGAGCUGGUAGAGGACAUAAAACAUUCCCUGGAUCUCCGGCUGCAGGAGCUGGACUGGAUGGAUGAAGCCACUAAGGACGCUGCCAGAGCAAAGCUGAAGCACAUGAUGGUGAUGACAGGAUACCCAGACUUCCUGCUCAAACCUGAGCUCAUUGAUCAAGAAUAUGGGUUUGAUGUGGAUGAGAAGACCUACUUCAAGAACAUCCUCAACAGCAUCAAGUUCAACAUCAAGCUGUCUGUCAAGAAAAUCCAUGAAGAAGUGGACAAGACAGCAUGGCUUCUCCCCCCUCAGGCUCUUAAUGCCUACUACCUCCCUAACAAGAACCAAAUGGUGUUUCCUGCUGGCAUCCUCCAGCCCACUCUCUACAACCCUGAGUUCCCACAGUCUCUGAACUAUGGAGGAAUAGGAGCAAUCAUUGGCCAUGAGCUAACACAUGGAUAUGAUGACUGGGUGAUGCAAUGGUUCAUGUCCCUAGGGGGCCAGUACGACCGCCAUGGCAACCUCAAGCAGUGGUGGACCGAGGAGUCCUACAGAAAGUUUCAGAGGAAGGCUGAGUGCAUUGUCAAGCUCUACGACAACUUCACUGUUUAUAACCAGAAGGUGAAUGGUCGUCUGACACUGGGGGAGAACAUAGCAGACAUGGGAGGGCUGAAGCUGUCAUACUAUGCAUAUCAGAAGUGGGUGAGGGAACAUGGUCCAGAGAGGCCUCUGCCUGGCCUCAAAUACACUCACGAACAGCUGCUCUUCAUUGCCUUUGCUCAGAACUGGUGUAUGAAGAGGAGAUCUCAGUCCAUCUACUUGCAGCUGCUAACUGACAAGCAUGCGCCAGAGCACUACAGAGUGAUUGGCAGCGUCUCCCAGUUUGAUGAGUUCGCCCGUGUUUUCCACUGUUCCAAGGGUUCCCCAAUGAACCCUGUGGACAAAUGCUCUGUUUGGUGACCUCUCCGUCCAGCCUGUUGGGAUAAACUUCGUCUUUAAAGCCACCACUCUCCCCGCCCCCCUCUCUCCUACAUCCCAUAUUUACCAGAGCUAACAGGAUGAUACAGACUACAUAAAUCCCAUCCACGCCUAUGAACGACACAUAAAGGAAAUGUAUCUUUUCAUUCUCAUUAUAUUUCUUAACUUUAUACAUUGAUUGUCUAUUAAUAACUGUCUGUACUAAUCAAACUAAGCAUGGCUCACAUGGCUAUUGAUUGUGUACAUAUAUAAUUUGAUUAUAUAUAUUUUUCUAUGUUUAAAUUUAUUUUCAGAUCAUCUAUUUUUGUAUUUAGCAGAUAUUUCACAUACAUUACGCCUAGGAUUCAUAAGCUAUUUGUUUUUUAAUGACAUUACAUGCAACAUGUUUACUCACUUGUUUCUCUCCUUCACAGCAUCAUCUAUUAAAACUCCAGCAUAUGUAAAGAGUACAGAUUGGCAACAGAAGUGAUUUCAGUCCAUAAUGUAAACUGGACAAGGACCAAUUUAAAAUGAACUGGGAUCAGUAGCAUCCUUGUGCCUGCCAAAACAUUAGCGUUUCAGUCUCAGUUUGGGAUUGGAGUUUGAUUUGUACAAUGCUGCACUCUUGUGGCUGCAGAGAGCAAUGGUCAAUGUUGAGCUGUCAUGACUGUUGUAUUGUUUGCCCGCACUGGUCUCUUGUCACUGUGAGUGUUUGUACGGUUUUUAAGAUUUGUCAACUUUAAAAAUAAGAAAAAAGAAAAGAAAAA